AUGAUAAAAAUCACAUUCUUCUUCGCGAUUUCCAUUCUCCUUGUGCUCCAAAGUGUGACGGUUCACUGCUACCUGUAAGCAAUGUUUCAACAAAAAAAGGAAAGUUAAAGUUAAUUUUGUUUGAAGGGUACCGCGCACAACUUCAACUACAACUGAACGCUCAUCAUCGACAUCACUCCCUAUGCGCACUUCUUCUUCUUCUUCUUCUUCUUCUUCUUCUUCUUCUCCCUCUCCUUCUUCGUCUUCGGAAAUUCCGUCGACACUCGGUCCGUGGGUCUCAUUCCAAGAACCCGAACGGCUCAAUCCGUACGUGUACAGUGUCUCAGACACCCCCACAUUCUUCUCUUGUCCACUUUUUCUUCUCGUCUUUUGGUUUCUAUGAGAUAAAAAUUGUUUUAUAAAAGAGUGCAACGCUUUUUCUGGUCUCUUUUUCUUGCAACUUUUUCAGAGACCACAAUUCAAGUGCAGUUCUCUGUAGCUUGGCUUUCUUUCAUUCGAUACCAGUGUUGAGCGGAAUUCCGUCUUCCGUCUUCCGUGGAUUUUUUCUUCUUACCGUAAAACAGUAAUAGCUUUUCAAAAGCCAUUUACUAGCCCCAAAGAACGCGAAUUUUCACGGGCAGUGAGUGACCCAGAUCCAAAAAUUGUGUUGCUUUCGUUAUUUUUUUCAAAAAAAAACCCGGAGAAAAAGGUUCUGCAUUGACGAUUUUUUGUUCCGUCUUCCGUCUUCCGUCUUCCGGGAAAAAAGUUUUCUUCCGUCUUCCGUUUUCCGUGUUCCGUAAAAAAAUGUUCUUCCGUCUUCCGUAAAAAAUUUUCUUCCGUCUUCCGUUUUCCGUGUUCCGUAAAAAAAUUUUCUUCCGUCUUCCGUUUUCCGUGUUCCGUAAAAAAAUGUUCUUCCGUCUUGCGUAAAAAAUUUUCUUCCGUCUUCCGUUUUCCGUGUUUCGUAAAAAAUUUUUAUUCCGUCUUCCGUUUUCCGUGUUCCGUAAAAAAAUGUUCUUCCGUCUGCCGUCUUCCGGAUUUCAAAAUUCUAUUUCCGCUCAACUCUGUUCCCCAUUCCUUCCAUUUCCAUUUUCUAUGACCCAACCUCGACAGGUUCUUCUCUCGCCAGAAGUGCUCUGCAUCCGAGAGAGAAAGAGAAAAAGUGUCCGGUUACCAUUUCUCUGCGCUCUCUCGCUCUCCCCACACUCUCUCGUUUCGAAUGUUUUGGAACAGUUACAAUCCGAGUGUGAAGGGUCAAUCGGGAGAGAGUGGCCGAUGCACCAUGGGCAUGCGCGCACACGUGUUCGCGUGAAUGAUGGAUACGGUAUGCGGGCGGACACUUUGCAAAUGAUCACUGGACGUUUCGCAACCAUCGCUCACUUUGCAACUUUUGAUGUUUUUGGCGGACAUUUCGCAACCAGUUUGAUUGUUGCAAAACGUCUGGUUGCAAAGUGUUUCUGGACUAAAGCAGGAAAGACGUUUUGCAACCGCUCAACGACAAUUUCACUUUACAAGAGUAUGUUUUUCAACAUUGCAACCAGAUUUCGAAAAAGCGUGGUUGCAAAGUGUCCAGUUGCAAAAAGGUCGCGCCCAGAGCGAAGCAUCCCAUCGAUUUGGCGGAUAAUAACCGGAAGUGAGUGCCCUAGAUAUUGUAUAACUAUUCAUACAGAAUCGAGAAUCGUCAAGUGCCAAAAACAUGCAAUUCCUUGAUCCUUGAGGGACCAUGUCAGCAAAUAAUCGUUCUGCUGCCAAGUGGAACGGGACCAACUGUGCACGGAAGCGCGUGGUAUUCGAUAUUGCUGUUACGCAAUUCGUAAUCAUCACUCGUCUCAGUUGCCCGUGUGGGUGUCGAAUGGCUGCUGCCAACUUGGAGUUUGGCUCCCCCCGCUUUCAGAGCACAUUAAUAUUCUUCUAGACCCCCCACGUUGAGUGAUUGUUGCAAAAUGAGACUUCAUUCACAUUUCGCAACUGGAGACAGACGUUUUGCGUCCAAAAACGUAAAAAAAGGGGCGGUUUUAGCGCGAAAUUCGAAAUUUAACCCGAUUUUUCAUGUUUUUCGUAAAAAAUUACCCAAAUUUUGUACGAUUUCGACGAUAUAAUUGCAUAACUUUGUCGAAUUAAUCAUCGCGCACUUUUUGAGCUUAAAACGAGCAGGUUUCAUUCGGAAAUGAAUCAAUUGACGCGAUUUUCAAGUUUUGUGCUGAAAAUGAGCGAAUUUCAGUCAUUCGCCGAUACUUUUUGCCGUUUCAGCGCUUAAAAUACUUGUAUUAACGUGCUUAAUCACUUCCGACACUAAUUUCGUCUCAAAACUAUCCAGAUCGGCCGGUGCGAAAAUUCCGAAUUGCGAAUGAUGCCAAAAACGUCUCAAACGCGGCGUUUUCACGAAAAUUUCAAUGUUUUCUCUCUUUAAUGUCUCUUCUUUCAUCGAUAUAAAACACGCAAAAAUAUCAAAAAAGUGUGCUGGAAUUGCGCGGCAAUUUUCAGAAAACGUGGCGUCUCAGAUUAGGCCACGCCCCCCUUUUAUACACUUUUGGCUUUAUUUCACUUUCGACAGACUUCUCGUCUGCACUAAUCAUCCAUUAAUAUAGUCGAGAAGUCGUCCAUUAACCCCUGCACCACCACCACCAGAUGCUGUUUCUGUUGCUCCUAUUGCCAACUUUUUCCAUUCCUUUCCUUCUUCCCAAAAAUUUGUUUAUAUUCGUCUAAGCUCCCUCUCUCUCGCUCUCUCUCUCUCUCUGCUACCGUAUUCCUCCGAAUCAGAAAGAGAGAGAGAGAGAGAGGAAGGAAGAAAAAGUGGGCGGAGCUUGGAGCGAUGGGGAGAUGGCUCUCACUUAUGCAAUGAGGAGAUAUCUGAGGGCGGAGAGGUCAUUAGGUCAUUGCGUGUGGGUCACCGACAAGUUUAUGACCUCUCUUCCCGAAUCGGCGACAUGUUUUUCAUUGUUAAACUUUCUGAAACGUUUUGAAAAGUCUGUUAAGAAAAAUUGUUUUUUUUUUCAGGUUUUUCCCCCUACUCUCUCUUAUCGACACGCCUUCUCGAUUGUUGAAAUGACGUCAAUGGACUGGUAAGUGUAUAGGCUACCGUAAUCGUGACUCCCACUUUAAACGAGUAUUGUAGAGUUGAUAGACAUUUUUUGGAAACUCUUCAAGUCGAGUACAUCAAUUUUUCAGUUGAUCACUUUUUUGUACGAGCACUCCUAAGCGAACUAUGGUCCUUGGAAGUUGGGAUACGUUCAAUGGGUAUCUUGACUUCCAAUCACUACAGUACACUUCAGAGGGGUCGUAUCAAAAAGUGGUCAACUGAAAAAAUGACGUACUAGACUUGAAGAUGCUCCAAAAAAAUUUUGAAAAGUAUACGACUCUUACAAAGUCUACAAUACUCGUUUCAAACUUGUCAUUUUCUUCUUUGUCCCUACCGCAUUUCUAGCGUCUGUUUGUGGUUUCGUGUGCUCUAUCUUGAAAAAUUUAUAGAGCACUUGAACCUCAACCACAAAGUGUCAAGUUUUCAGGCACUGUAGUCCCUAAUAAUUUCAAUUCCAACUUCCAGAGACUACAGUAAUCCGGGGAGUGAUUGUACCAAAAAGUUGUCAACUACAAAAGUAAAGUCCAUACCUAGGACAGUAUUUUUGCAAUUGACAACUUUUCGGUACAAUCAGUCCCUGGAUUACUGUAGCGCUUGGAAGUUGGGAUGGCUUCAAGUACUCGUAAAGCUAUCCCAACUUUCAAGGACCACAGUACCCUUAGGAAUGAUCGUAUCGAAAAGUUGUCAACUAUGAAAAUGAAGCUCAUUUGCAGCUCGCCAACAACGACGUUCUCGUUGGCCGACGCGCUCGUCCCUCUGAAUGUAAACGGUCCCGUUCAGUCGGCCGCUCCGCCCACGCAUUCCGCUCUCGACUCUUCGUCGCCCGAUUACGAGGACGACGACGAGGAAUUGGAGGAGGAAAUCGAAGAGGAAGAGGGAAAAGAGAGCGACGGAUCGUCGGCGAGAGGAUCUCGGAAGCGGAAGGAGAAACCGCCCUACUCUUACAUUGCACUUAUUGCGAUGGCCAUCGGGGUUCGUACUUUCACUUCUUUUUUCUUUUCUUUUUUUCAAACUAAUUCUCUUGAAUUCCCAAUUGUUCCAGAAACGACCGGACAAAAAGGCGACGUUGGCCGAGAUUUACACCUAUUUGCAGGAGAAUUUCGAGUUUUUCCGCGGCGAAUACGCCGGUUGGCGCAACUCGAUUCGCCACAAUCUGAGCCUCAACGAGUGCUUCGUCAAGUUGCCCAAAGACACCGGCGAGAGGUAGGUAGGCACCCAUUUCUUCGAAGUACGCCAUUUGUCUAGGUUGACGAUCACUUCUAAACGCACUGUAGCUCUUGGAAGCUGGCACUCAAAAGCAUAACUUUCAAGAGCUACAGUAAUCCGGGCAGUGAUUGUACGAAAAAGUUGUGAAUUGCAAAAAUACAGUCCAUACCUAGGACCGCAUUUUUGCAAUUGACAACUUUCCGCUACAAUCACUCCCUGGACUACUGUAGCUCUUGGAAGUUGGGAUGGCUUCGAGUUCUCGUAAAGCUAUCCCAACUUUCAAGGACCACAAUACCCUUAGGAAUGAUCGUAUCAAAAAGUUGUCAACUACAAAAGUAAAGACCAUACCUAGGACAUUGUUUUUGCAAUUGACAACUUUUCGGUACAAUCACUCCCUGGACUACUGUAGGUCUCUUCUGAAAGUCCAGACAGAGUCUAGAUGUCAAAAACGAGUAAAAAAAAUGAAUUGCACGCAUAAUUUGUAGCUAUCGCGGUCGAAAAGGUCACAAAUGGACGAUCAGUCCGUCGAGCGAGUACAUGUUGGAGGAGAACGGAUUCAGAAGACGUCCACGUGGCUACAAGGCACGCAAACGCACUCAUUUCGCGGCCGGCGACGUGGCAAACGAGGUGAGAGUGAGAGACACACUUCUUUUUUUGUUGUUUCGCACAAAAUUUCGUCGAUCGAGUGUCGAGUUGUGCGCGCCAGUCACGUGGCGGCGCUAACGACGACAAUUGGCGUGAUUGAUGAGGGGGGCGGUGUGAACACGUGUCAAUGCAAAACCAACACGAAACACACACACGAUUUAUUCGAGUGUUGCACAAAGAAUUGAGCCGACGGACGAGACGACAAAUGAGGAGGAGGAUGGCAAUUUUAGGGAUUUUUUAUCGCGUAAAUUCGAGCUAGAAAAUUUGACGACAUUUUUUCAAGGUGGCCUUUGCGAUUUUUCCCACCGAUCAGUCUGAAAUUCAAUCGGGCGGUGUGCACAAAGAAUGGGAAAGCGACAGUAAUCGUCAAUUGAAAUGGGAGACACUUUCGCGGACUCUUAUAAACAAAUUUAUGAGCACACACACAUGUGUGUGUGUGUGUGUGCUCCGAAAUUUGGAGGGGAACCUUUUUCUGAUAAUUUUGCGAAAAACGAACAGAAUUUGAAUGCGAUUGCAGCAAUCGUACGAUUUUCCGUGCUCGACGACCGAUUAUUCCGAUUCGACGACUCCGAUCGGAACGACUAUUCCGAAGAUGGAAGUGGAGGAGGACACGCCCACUUCCGAUCCGCUCGUCUCGUCCAGUAAGCACUUUUUGAGCUGAAAAUAGGAAAAAUUGCUUGUUUUGCAGCGAGCACAAUCGCGUUGCCUCCGCUGCUUCCGCACGAUCAAUCGCCAAUCUAUCCGAAUGCGGCGGCGUCGUAUUUCGGAUACGGUUCCGCCGAAAUUCCCAUGCAAUGGGCCUCCCCCUCGUAAGUUUGUUUUUUUUGGGAAUUUUUUCUAGAUUUUCAAGUCAUGUUUUGCUUAAAACCCAGUCAAUUUGAAUUUAAAAAAAAACGCAAAACUUUGCAGGUACGACUGGUACUACACUUCGACACAAAUGGGCUCUCUGUGCUCGCCGGACUUCCCGGGAAUGUGCCCGUCCCCGUCGAUCACUCCUCAAGUCUCGCCCUAUUUCUAUCCGCCCGUCGCCGCCGUCGCUCCGCCGACUUUCAACACCGACGACUGGCGCUUCUCGUCCUCCGCCUUCCACGGAUCCGCGUUCCUCUCGCCGAAUCCGUCUUCCUCGGCCUCUGCCGUCGGCGCCGCCCAAAUUGAUCAUCUCGAUUGUUGA